AUGGCGGCCACGGUCCGGUCGGCAGUGCGACUGCCCACACCGGAGCCUGGCGAUGUCGUCGCAGAGAGUAGCUCGAGAAAACGGAGCUCAGUAUCGCGCUCACCCUCACCCCGCCGUGAGGCACCUUCCUUGCGACGAAGAUCACGAUCUCGCUCCCCGCCUCACAGAAACGGGCCUCUUCCUCGAGAUGUCGACCGCGAUCGCGCAAGAGAACGAGCUCGCCAGUUGGAGAUGCGCCAGAGAGAGCAAGCUGAGCCAGCAAAGCCUCUCACUGAUGCUGAAAAACAGGCAGCGGCAAAGGCAGAAUAUGACAAGCUGUUGAACAUGCGCUCUGGAGGAACAUACAUCCCACCGGCCAGACUGAAGGCUCUGCAGGCACAGAUCACGGACAAGACUUCGAAGGAGUAUCAGCGUAUGGCAUGGGAGGCGCUGAAGAAAUCGAUCAAUGGUUUGAUCAACAAGGUCAACGUCUCGAACAUCAAGCACAUCGUCCCGGAACUAUUCAACGAGAACCUUGUGCGUGGCCGAGGACUGUUCUGCAGGAGCAUCAUGAAAGCGCAAGCCGCUAGUUUGCCAUUCACUCCGAUCUAUGCAGCCAUGGUGGCUAUUGUUAACACGAAGCUCCCGCAAGUUGGAGAGCUCCUAAUCAACAGGCUGAUCAUACAGUUUCGAAAGGCGUUUAAGCGAAACGACAAGAGCGUCUGCCACAGCAGCACCACUUUCAUUGCGCAUCUGAUCAAUCAACAAGUUGCGCAUGAGAUGCUCGCAGCACAAAUGCUUCUCUUGCUCCUGCAUAAGCCGACAGAUGACAGUGUUGAGAUUGCGGUCAGUCUGAUGAGGGAGGUGGGGCAACAUAUUGAAGAGAUGAACUCGCAGAUUGCGCUGGCUGUCUAUGAUCAGUUUAGAAGCAUUCUCCACGAGGCGGACAUUGAUAAGCGAGUGCAAUACAUGAUCGAGGUGCUGUUCCAGAUCCGGAAAGACAAGUACAAGGAUCAUCAGGCAGUCAGAGAAGAGCUGGAUCUGGUCGAAGAGGAGGACCAAAUCACCCACCGACCAGGCCUAGAUGAUCAGCUGGUUGCUGAAGACGGUCUCAACAUCUUCAAGUUCGACCCCGAGUAUGAGGCCAAUGAAGAGGCAUACCGAAAGCUCAAGGCCGAAAUCCUAGGCGAGGCAUCCGGCAGCGAAGAUGAGGGUGACAAAGACGGCUCGGACGAAAGCAGCGACGAGGAUGAGGAGGAUGCUGCUGACAAGGCCGUUGAGAUCAAGGACCAAUCGAACACGGACCUCGUGAACCUACGGCGUUCCAUCUACCUCACCAUCAUGUCCUCUGGCGGCUUUGAGGAAGCUUGCCACAAGCUUAUGCGUAUCAACCUGCCAAGCGGACGCGAGGAGGAGUUGCCAUCGAUGAUCAUCGAAUGCUGUAGUCAAGAGAGGACGUACAACAAGUUCUUCGGUCUGAUUGGCGAGCGCUUCUGCAAGCUCAAUCGUCUUUGGCAGGAUCUUUUCCAAGACAUGUUCGUCAAGUACUUUGAGACCAUUCACCGAUAUGAGACGAACCGACUGCGUAUCAUCGCACAAUUCUUCGGACACCUGCUGUCGGCCGAUGCCAUAGGUUGGCAUGUCUUCCACGCUGUUCACCUGAACGAAGAAGACACUACCAGCUCAAGUCGUAUCUUUGUCAAGAUUCUCAUCGAAGAUCUUGCGCAAGGUGUGGGCAUGAAGUCGUUGCAAGAACGCUUCAAAGACGAUGCUCUCCAGCCCGCAUUGGCAGGCAUGUUCCCAACCGACAAUCCUAAGAACACUCGCUUCAGCAUCAACUUCUUCACAGCGAUCGGCAUGGGUGCGCUCACUGAAGGCAUGCGAGAAUGGCUCAAGAACAUGCCCAAGCCAGCUCCUGCACCUCUACCAGUAGCCAGGAGUCCUACUCCCAGCAGCCGGGGACGCAGCGAAAGUGUCAGCAGUUACAGCAGCUAUUCCAGCUACUCGCGCUCCGACUCCAGGUCGCGCUCCAGGUCACGCACUCCUCCAAGGCGGGGAAGAGGGAGAAGCUACACCAAGUCGCCUACGCCCAAAAAGGGUGGCAGGAACGAUUCAUACUCGCGGUCUCGCACACCACCUAGGCGACGAAGGUCUCCGUCUUACGACUCAAGAUCGCCACCACCGAGAAGGGAUAGGCGCGAUGACGAUAGCGUUUCUCGUAGCCCGCCGAGACGUCGUAGAGACAGCUACAGCGACGCCUCUAGGUCUCGUUCUCCACCUCGCCGGCGGAACUCACCUCCACGCAAUAGCAACGGCCGCCAGCGCUCACUCUCGGACUCUCGCUCACCUCCUCCACGGCGAGGCCGCACGGAGUCACGCUCUGUGUCUCCGCCCCGACACAAUGGUAAGGGCUCUUCGCCACCAAGGAAACGUGCCAGAAGCGCGAGCAGUUACGGGUCUCGUUCGCCGUCGCGCUCACCACCUCGUCGAGCACCAGCUGCGAAGAGGAGAAGGAACACCAGCAGCCCAGAAUCGGUCCGGUCGAGGUCUCCUCCAAGACGCAAGGAUGACAAGCCUGCACCAAAGCCCGCUGCUAAGCCUCAGGAUGACAUGUCCCACAUCCAUCCUAGUCGAAGAGGUCUAAUGCGUUGA